UGAAGGCGUAGUUGAGCGGUCAAUCUUCCUCUAGUGAUUAAAGUUUUCAGACUGCAGAUAUAUACUGACAAGAACAACAUGGGUAUGCACGACAACACACUGCACUUAUUAGCUAACGUUAUGCUAUAAUGAUUUUGCUUGCUUCGCGUAUAUAUGAAAUAAACCCUGAUUUAUUAGCGUCCUGUUAGCUAGCACAAGAAGAAGAGCAGAGAAGUUUGUGUGUAUUUGGCUAGUGUUUAGCGUUCAGAGAUAUUAUUCACACAUGAUAUUGUUUUGACUCUCUAGUAGUUUUGUAGGGGAUUCGUGUGUUUCUGAGGUUUACAAGAACAAAAUCCCCUGAUUCCUGGGUUUGGGCAACUUAUUAAAGCUAGUUAUAGUAACCACACACGGGCAUUUCAUGACUGCUCACUUUGGCAGUGAAAGUUUUGGUGCUGUGAAUUUCAUUUCCUUUAAAAAAAAAAAAAAAAGAAGAAAGAAAUGCCGAUAUUAAAAAUUAUAUGAUUAGCAUAUCCAGAGUUUCAAUUCGGUAAACCUCUAACAUUCCUACUCUGCGUAAAAAACAUGACAUAAGUCAAAGUGAGUUUGCUGGUCUACAUGGUGUUGGGACUGGUCGUAGCCGGUGUUGGGACAAGUCUACAUGGUGUUGGGGCUGGUCGUAGCCGGUGUUGGGACAAGUCUACAUGGUGUUGGGGCUGGUCGUAGCCGGUGUUGGGGCUGGUCUACAUGGUGUAGGGGCUGGUUGUAGCCGGUGUUGGGGCUGGUCGUAGCCGGUGUUGGGACUGGUCAUAGCCGGUGUUGGGACUAGUCUACAUGGUGUAGGGGCUGGUCGUAGCCGGUGUAGGGGCUGGUCUACAUGGUGUUGGGGCUGGUUGUAGCCGGUGUUGGGGCUGGUCGUAGCCGGUGUUGGGGCUGGUCUACAUGGUAUUGGGGCUGGUCGUAGCUGGUGUAGGGGCUGGUCAUAGCCGGUGUUAGGACUAGUCUACAUGGUGUUGGGGCUGGUCGUAGCCGGUGUUGGAGCUGGUCUACAUGGUGUUGGGGCUGGUCUACAUGGUGUUGGGGCUGGUCGUAGCCGGUGUUGGGGCUGGUCGUAGCCGGUGUUGGGGCUGGUCGUAGCCGGUGUAGGGGCUGGUCGUAGCUGGUGUUAGGACUAGUCUACAUGGUGUUGGAGCUGGUCUACAUGGUGUUGGGGCUGGUCGUAGCCGGUGUUGGGGCUGGUCGUAGCCGGUGUAGGGGCUGGUCGUAGCUGGUGUUAGGACUAGUCUACAUGGUGUUGGAGCUGGUCUACAUGGUGUUGGGGCUGGUCGUAGCCGGUGUUGGGGCUGGUCAUAGCCGGUGUUGGGGUGGGUGUAGUUGGUUGGCCAAUUUGCCUCUUAGAAGGGUGAAACUGGUCGACUUGUCUAGCUAGAACCAGUCUGACCCACAGGGAUGGUCAAGCUGACUGGCUAGAACCAGCUUGUAAAUGUCCAAAACCUUCCUAAAACCGCACAAACCGGGCUGGUCUAAACCCAGCUCACUGGCUCAGCAGAGUAAUCACCAAUUUAGUAUUCACAUUUCUUGUGAGACAUUUUUAUAUUAUUCUUAACAUUCAGUUCAUAAAAUUUUACAUCUCACUUUAUUUGUUGAUCUCAUUUAGGCUAUAAACACUCUUGAAGCAGUUAUCGUUUUGCAUUCUGGUGUGGCAUUAUCCCUUCACAAACCAGUAUUUUUUUAGUAGGUCUUAUGAUUUAACUUUUAAAGCCAGUAGUUUGCAGUGUAAAUGUGUGUUGUAGGCUCUCUCCCUCUGUGCUCUGUGCGGCUGCUGGUGCCUCCUUUGCGCCUCAUGUCCGCCUUCAUGUGGCGAGUCGUCCAGCAGCAGAACCUGGAGUAUUUUGACAAGCUCGAAGAGUACAUCCUCCUCAUAACAAGGAUGGUUCCUGAGAUUCUGAGCGAAAGACAGAAGAAUGUGCUCAUUAUGGGUCUGAGAGCAAAGAUGAUUCUUGAAAUGUGCAAAGAUGAGUUACCAACUGAUCUAAAGACCGUCAGGGCACGUCUUCACACAGUCGAGUCUUUCAGUAUGUCCAAGAGCACUGGUUCAGAGGUGGAGAUGUUACAGGCCAGAUUGUUAAAGCUCGUCGUAAGCCUUCUUGAGGACCCACUUAAAAAGGAGCAUUUCUUUCAGGAGGUGUUUCCACAUGAGUACGGUCCUGAAUUUGACAAAGCACUGCAGGUCCUAGUUGGCCAUUUUCUCUCCAGAUUGGAACAGCUCCUGCCAGUACCCAACUUCAAACAGGCUGCCCAAUGGCUAGAUACUGAACCCACAGGCUGGGGGGAUUUGGUACAGAUGAACUGUGAUCUGACCGACUUGCUUCCUCUGCUACAAAGUGACUAUCAUAAAAACUUGGAGAGAAAUGGACUCCCUUCUAUUGUGGAGGAAAGAAUCAUCUCGUCUUUGUCUUUCACUUCUUUGACCGAUGAGGUCAUCCCAAGUGAGAGCAAGUCUGAUGAUCGAUCUGAACCGUUCAUCAACGUUAAUGAAACCAGAGAGGAAGAGAUGAAUACUUCUCAAAUGGAAAGUGAGGAUGAACCAUCAACAAACGUUGAAGGGUCUGAGCCAAGCACAGUGAUCACUGAUCUAGGAAAUGAUGGAGGUGGAGGAGGUGCUGAGGAAUUACCCACUGGAUCGGAGGGUAACAGUGGACAGGUAGUUAAAGUGAUUGUUCCAAAGCAUCUGUUACCUGCAAUUAAACAGAUCAGCCUGCCGUCUGUUUUACUCUCGCGCUGUACGAGCAGUGAACCAGUUCCACUUAAAGUUGUUCCUGAUUCAGAUACAUCGUCCCCCAUGAAUUCGAGUGUUUCAGAAAAUACCAGAACCUUGCAGAGGAGGCGGCCGAGAGCCACCAAGGAACAGAGUGCUAGUACAGGCAGCUACAAAUGUGUGCCCUGUAAAAUGAGCUUUAAAACACCUUUCCAGGCUUCUGUGCACCAGAAUAAAAGGCACAGGAAGUUAAUUUAUUCCUGCCCCAAUUGUGAAAAGACUUUUGAGUCUAUGAAGGCUUGGACGAAACACCGCACAGAACACAAAGAAGAAAAGCCACAACGGUGUACUGAUUGCGGGGAAGAAUGUGCGAACCUGCAAGCUCUAGUGGCUCAUUCCAAAAUCCAUAACCACAUGAUGAGCGAGAGCUUGCCGACUUCUGAGAAAGCAGAGCCUCCUCCGAAACCAGUGCCAGGAGAGUGUAAGUUUUGUGGCGAGACGUUUACUCCAAUAGAGCUGAGAAACCACUUAAAAACCCAUCCGGAGUUCCGACCUCACCAGUGCGACCACUGCGGGAGAUGUUUCGCCAACCUGGGCAACUUGUUAGCUCACAUUUCGAACCACACAGGAGAAAAGCCUCACGUCUGCUUAAACUGCGGCAAGAAGUUCUUCAGCAAGUCGCAGCUUAACUCCCACAUGAAGUUUCAUUCGAAAGAGCGGCCAUACUGCUGCUCUUACUGUGGGAAGUGCUUCCACACUGCUGGGAACCUUAACAUCCACACAAGGAUACACACUGGAGAGAAACCAUACGCGUGCUUGGAGUGCGGGAAGGCCUUCAACUCGGCCGGGUGUCUGCAGGUUCACCGCCGCUGCCACACCGGAGAGAAACCUUAUCAAUGCGAAGUGUGUGGAAGAGGAUUCAUCGUGUCGAGUCAUCGCACGAUACACAUGAGGUCACACACAGGGGUGCGACCUUUCACAUGCGAAAUAUGCGGCAAGACCUUUGCGAGGCGGAACUGCUGGAGCCAACAUUUGUACAGUCACACAGACUUGAAACCAUUUCCUUGCCCCGUCUGCUCAAAGAGCUUUGUACGCCGUAGCCAUUUGAAGAGACACAUGCAGAGCCACAGUGGUGACCAAAGCAUUGCUGUUUAGAACGAUCUCGAAAAGGUCUACAAAAUGCUGUAUAAUUAAUAGCUGUGGAGCCUGUAGGCUCCAGAUUUAUUGUAGAGUUGUUACCAUGAUAAAACUGCUUUAUAGCAAUAAAUCCUGCUUCUUAUUUAUAAUGGCCUCGCCUCACACUUGUGUUAUUUUGGUUAGGGGAAAAAUCAGUGGUGUUUAACUGCAUCAAGCUCUUCUGUGUGAUGGCGGAGGUCCCAGAGGUAUGUCUACUUUUUUUAGACCCCUAUUGAGUCAGAUAUUCUACAUAUAUUUGAAGAAUAUAAUGCUUUACUAUUCUGCCAAUCCUGUCAACAGCAGCAACCCUGUCAAAUAAUCCUAAGUUUUCUGUGCGAUCGAAGUCCAAUGAUUUUUACAGUCAGUCAAAGUGUUCCAUCACGUUCCGUUAUGUUGUCAGAGAAGUCGCACACAGAUCUGGCCCUAAGCAACCUACAGUUGUUAUCCUGGAACACGAGAGUGCCAGGAUUGUGUUCUCGAAGUGUUAUUCUAAGCUGGGCUUACACUGUGCAAUUUUUGUCCCGAUUUAGAUGUUGCACACUAAAAAUUGCACACUGUAAAAGAAUUCUUUUGGCCAGCGAUGGAUGGAGGAAGAUGGCAUGGGAAAACCUGAAACUCAUGGAGUAUCUACAAAUCCGGUAGUGGCAAUUGUGCACAAGCUAGAUUGAUGAUGUAAGCUGAACAUACAGUAUUCUCCACUAAUAUUGGCACCCUUGAUAAAUUUGAGCAAAGAAGGCUGUGACAAAUUGUCUUCAUUGUUCAAAAAAAAUUCACAAAAAUACUCUGCUGUUAUGGAUAUUAAGGUUAUAAUGCCUCUUAUAAUGCCUGAUGCCUCUUAUAACGCCUCAUGAGGUUGGAGAAUACAUGGCAAGGGAUCUGAGACCAUUCCUCCAUACAGAAUCUCUCCAGAUCCUUCACAUUUUGAUGUCCACACUGGGGGACUCUCCUCUUCAGUUCACCCCACAGGUUUUCUAUGGGUUUCAAGUCAGGGGACUGGGAUGUCCAUGGCAGGACCCUGAUUUUGUGGUCAGUGAACCAUUUUUGUGUUGAUUUUGAUGUAUGUUUUGGGUCAUUGUCCUGCUGGAAGAUCCAACCAAGGCCCAUUUUAAGCUUUCUGGCAGAGGCAGUCAGGUUUUCAUUUAAUAUUUGUUAAUAUUAGAUCUGUUGAGUGUGUAAUGCCAUGUAUCCUAAAAAAUUUUUUACAGGUCCUCUGUCAGAAAAACAGCCCCAAAACAUUAGAGCCACCACCAUAUUUAACCAUGGGCAUGAGGUACUUUUCCCCAUAUGGCUACCUCUCUGUGUGCACCAAAACCAUGUCUGGCAUUUAUUGCCAAAAAGCUCUAUUUUGGUUUCAAGUUCUAGUAGUGUCUGGCAAACUGAAGACGCUUGAGUUUGUUUGUGGAUGAGAGUAGAGCCUUUUUUUUUCUUGAAACCCUUCCAAAUAACUUGUGGUGAUGUAGGUGACUUCAGAUUGUAGUUUUGGAGACUUUCUGACCCCAAGAUGCAACUAACUUCUGCAAUUCUCCAGUUGUGAUCCCUGGAGAUUUUUUGGCCACUCGAACCAUCCUCUUCACAGUGCGUUGAGACAAUAUAGACACACAUCCAAUUCCAGGUUGAUUCAUAACAUUUCCAGUUGACUGGAACUUCUUAGUUAUUGCCCUGAUUGUGGAAAUGGGCAUUUUCAAUGCUUGUGCUAUUUUCUUAUAGCUACUUCCCAUUUUGUGAAGCUCGACAACCUUUUGCUGCACAUCACAGCUAUAUUCCUUGGCCUGAACCAUUGUUAAGAAUGACUAAGGGAAUUUGUCUUAUGUGUUACAUCAUAUUUAUACCCCUGUGAAACAGGAAGUCAUGGUUGAACAAUUUCCUGUUCCUAGUCACCCAGGUGUACUAAAAAUGUUUUUAAAUAUCAGUGGGAAUUU